AUGCCCUCCGCAAACACAGAGUCGAUAGGUUCGAAAAUAACAAUGAAAUUCUCUCAUUUCAAAGAUCUACUUUAUUUCUAUUCACUUACGACCAAUCUUUCUCUCUCUUCCCCAUUCUUUCUCUCUCUCUCUCGCUCUCUCUCACUCUCACUCUGCUUCUUCAUUCUCUCUCAGCCUCAAUUUCUGUUUCCCAUUAUUUCUCCUCUUUCCUUUUCUAUCUACCUAUCUAUCGCUGGAAUUUUCUCUCUAUCAUAUUCUACUUUUCAGAAGCCUUCCUCGACACACUCUUUACUUGCUUCUAUCUUUUUAACAUAUUUUACUUCACUCUUUCCAUUUCAGCUUAUAUUAUUCUCCAAUCUAUCUAUCUAUCAAUCUAUCUAUCUAUCUAUCUAUCUAUCAAUCUAUCUAUCUAUCUAUCUAUCUAUCUAUCUAUCUAUCUAUCUAUUUAUCUAUUUAUCUUCUGUUCAUAUCUAUCUAUCUAUCUAUCUAUCUAUCUAUCUAUCUAUCUAUCUAUCUAUCUAUCUUCUGUUCAUAUCUAUCUAUCUAUCUAUCUAUCUAUCUAUCUAUCUAUCUGUUUUAGAGUGUUCAUUUCAUUUCAUUUAUCUAUUUAAGUCUGUUCAUAUCUAUCUAUCUAUCUAUCUAUCUAUCUAUCUCUCUAUCUAUCUAUCUAUCUGCUUUAGACUUCUGUUCAUUUCUUUCUAUUUAUUUUCGUUUGUUCAUCUAUCUAUCUAUCUUUCUAUCUAUCUAUCUAUCUAUCUAUCUAUCUAUCUAUCUAUCUAUGCUUCAUUUAUUUCCUUUUCUAAAGUAUGUUUUCUUACCUUUCUUUCCCCUUUUACUAUCUCAGUCUAUACGUCUCUCUAG